AUGAGCAGCCCAAAGCGAAGGAUCGAGACCGAUGUCAUGAAGUUGAUGAGUGACUACGAGGUGACUUUGGUUAAUGACAACAGUGGGCAAGAAUUUUACGUGCGCUUCAAGGGCCCUGAAGAGACACCGUUUGCUGGCGGUCACUGGAAGAUUCACGUCGAGUUGCCCGAUCAAUAUCCCUACAAGAGCCCGAGCAUUGGUUUCGUGAACCGGAUCUUCCACCCGAAUAUCGAUGAAUUAUCUGGCUCAGUGUGUCUUGAUGUCAUCAACCAAACCUGGUCGCCGAUGUACGAUAUGAUCAACAUUUUCGAGGUUUUCCUCCCUCAGCUCCUGCGGUACCCGAACCCUUCAGACCCGCUCAACGGCGAGGCUGCUGCGAUGUUAAUGAGGGAACCCAAAAGCUACGAGGCCAAAGUAAAAGAAUACGUGGCCAAGUAUGCUAGCAAAGAGGCAGUUGAUGAAGCCGGAGAGGAUACAGAGUCCGAAGAUGAACUAAGCUCGGCUGGGAGUUACGAAUCUGGUGGUGAGGAACCAGCUGGUACGAUGGAUGACGUGUAG